AUGUCGGGACCUACACAGGGAUAUCCAAAGAGUCAGGCCAGCGUUCCACCCAAGUCCGCCCAGUCCUCCAACCAACUGAACGCCGUGCUGAUGGGUUUCGAUAACGAUUUGGUAGCAUUGAAAGCGCGAGACACUCCGGUGGGCAAACCUUUGCAUGCGCCGGUUAAGCCCAACACCCACGGCGUGCCUUCAACCCAGCCAAGCGCUCGACAGGGAGCUUACCAUGCCGAACCACACUCGCCACGCGGACUCGCUCCGUGGGUGUUGCCGCAUCUGAGCGAGCAGGAAAAGGCCGAGCUGGAAAGCGUGCCCGAGCCUCGUCACGUCGGCGCGUUUGGAAAGACCAUGAAGCAAGCGGCGGUGCUCGAUCAGAAGAGGCACCAGGAGUCUGUCGAUGCAGCGCGAGACGAGGCGCACAACGAGGUGCCCGUGCGCAACCAGUCGACUUGA